AUGUUUCGCCCUUUGCGAUGUGUUGGUAUUAUCUCUCCUUUCGUUGUGCCGCUGCGGGCGCAGAUGCAAUUCUGUGCGACCGGCGGCGAUAGUGGGCCGGGGCGUGGCGGUGAAAAUAAACCAGAAACGAAUGAAAAGAAUAAAAAUGAAAAUUCAGGAGAAAAGUCAUCUCCAUCUUCACCUAAUAAUAAUAAUAAUAAUAAUAAUAAUAGUAAACCUUCAACAAAUAAUUUAUUAUCUGAAAAACGUCAUCCAAAAGGGUUUGAUGCUUUUUACUCUAGAUAUAUUUUAGGAAAAAUGACUUUUACUCGUAUUCCUACAGAAUCUGUUAAUCGUGCUUAUGCCAUGUCACCAGAUGAACGUAUUUUAACAGCUCAAAUAGCCGCUAAAACUUUAAAAUGGAAACGUAUGCGUCUUCUUGGAAUUAUGUGUUUUUUACUUUCAGGAGUCAUUAUGGCAAGAAUUUAUACAGCCAAUUCUUAUAUUAAAGGUAAUAUUGAAAAUUAUACAACGGUUAUUGUGGAUUUGGCAAAACAUACCGCAGCUUUUCUUAAUGAAAAAGGUGAAUUUAUAGGAGUAAGAAGUUUUGUGGAUUACAGAACAUUUGAAUCUGAAUGUGAUAAAGAUAAAGAUAUUCUUGUUUUAUUUCAUACCUAUUAUCCAUGGGUUCCUAUGUUAUUAUUAUGCCUUUUACCACUUUUAGCUAUGACAAAUUCAGCUUUUAGUGGUUCUGCUAAAUUAGCAUCUGUAGCAGCAGAGAAGAGUCGAUUUAAUUUUAAACGAGAAUUUUCUAUUUCUACACGUCUUGGAGAUGUAGCAGGAUUAACAGAAGCAAAACAUGAAGUUAUUGAAAUUAUUGAUUUUUUAAAAAAUCCUGCUCGUUAUCAAGUUCUUGGAGCUAAAUUACCUAAAGGUGUACUUCUUGAUGGUCCACCUGGAGUUGGUAAAACAUUACUUGCCAAAGCUGUAGCAGGAGAAGCUAUGGUACCUUUUCUUAGUUGUACUGGAAGUGAAUUUGAAGAAGUUUAUGUUGGAGUUGGAGCUCAAAGAGUUCGAGAACUUUUUAAACAAGCUCAUGAAUGUAAACCUUGUGUUGUUUUUGUAGAUGAAAUUGAUUCUUUUGGUAGAAAAAGAAAAUCUGAAUCUGGUGGAGGAAGUUCUCGAGGUACAUUAAAUGCUUUUCUUUCAGAAUUAGAUGGUUUUAAAGAUGCUACUGGAAUUAUGAUAUUAGCAGCUACAAAUCGAGCAGAUAUAUUGGAUAAUGCUUUAACAAGGUCAGGACGUUUUGAUAGAAAAAUAACUUUAGAAAAACCUUCACAUAAAGAUCGAGUUGCUAUAGCAGAAUUACAUUUAAAACCAUUAAAACUUGAACCUUCAAGUAGUUUAAAUGGUUAUGCAGAAGCAGUUGCUGCUCUUACUCCAGGAUGUAGCGGUGCAGAUAUAUUUAAUAUUUGUAAUGAAGCUGCUAUUCAAGCUGCAAGAGAAGAAAAAGAUUUUGUUUCACAUCGUCAUUUUCAUCAAGCAGUAGAAAGAGUUUUAGUAGGAUUAGAAAGGAGUGCUGUAAAAUUAAAUGAAAAUGAAAGAGAACGUAUUGCUUUUCAUGAAGCAGGUAUAGUUAUUCUUCAUUGGUUUCAAGAAAAAACAGAUCCAGUUAUUAAAACUACUAUUCUUCCAAGAGGACGUCAUCGAACUGGAGUAACUCAAAAAUUACCACAAACAGCAUUUAUUUCUACUCAAGAACAAUUAAUGCAAAAUUUAGUUGCAAAAUUGGGAGGAUAUGUAUCUGAAGAAUAUUUUUUUCAAGAUGUUUCUUCUUCUGCUGCAGAAGAUUUAAAAACUGCUACAGAUAGAGCUAGAUUUUAUGUUUGUAGUUAUGGAAUGGAUCCAGAAAAUAUAGGUCAUUUUGGAUAUGAUUUAAGUGAUUCUAAUAGUAUUCAAAAACCUUUUGGUCCAAUAAAAGAAGAUGCUGUUGAUGAAUCUGUUCUUCAACUUAUAACUGUUGCAUUAGAAAAUGCACGUUUAAUUUUGGGACAACAUAUUGAAAAAACACGAGCUUUAGCUGCUCUUUUAAUGCGACAAGAAACUCUUUCAGCACGAGAAAUAUGGCUUGUAUUAGGCGAUCGCCCUGUUAUGACGAAGGAAUUUCGAACUUAUCUUGAAAGUUAA